AUGGAAUCAGGAAACAACUCUUUCAAGAAUUUGUACUCAUCUACAAACGAAGUUCAAAUAAUAGUAGCACCUUCAACUUCAAAUACUGAAGAAGUUGCUUCCACGUCUCCGUCGUCCACUACGCCUAGAACUGCUCGUGAUAAAUUUUUUAAAGAUGUCCAAUAUGAUAAAGAAAAGAAGAGAUGGUCAGCUGAAUGUUUAUUAUGUGAAACACCUAAAAGAGUUUUCGACGCAUUGGGUGUUACUUCAAAUUUCAAUCGACAUGCUCGUGAUUACCAUACACAAGCUUUUAAGCUAUGGCUACAGGAAUUAAAUGAAGUAAAAGCUAUGUCUUCAACGAAUCAAAAGAAUAAAAUAUCACAGCAUUUUCGCAAAAGAAAUCAAGCAUCACAACAUUCAGCAUAUCAUACAACUCAUCCUCGACAAACUGAAUUAUCGACUGCCAUCGUCAACGACUUAAUUAUUAAAUUGGGCUUACCAUUAUCAAUUGUUGAACGGUCAGCAUUUAUUAAUUUCAUGAAAACUGUAGAUCCAAAGUUUAGCAUGACAAGUCGUCGAACAUUAAAUCGAACCACGAUUCCUUCAUUAUAUGAAAAAAUGCAUGAUCGAUUAAAAGUGUUUUGUUCAUCUGCUACAUUUCUGUCAUUAGCCUUAGACAUUUGGAGUGAUAGAAGGUUACGGUCAUUUUUCGCUAUAACUGGGCACGCCAUUGUUAAUGGUUGUUUCAAAUCAUAUGUUUUGGGUUUCGUUCCGCUAUGGGGUAGUCAUUCGGGUUCAUUGCUACUUCAGAAAUACGAAGAAACUAUCAAUACAUUUGGUAUUAAGCACAAGGUUAUUCGUUUAGUUACUGAUAGUAGUGCAAACAAUAUACAUGCAUUUAAAGAUCUUGUUAUUCCAGGUUUUGAACACUAUUUUGAUAAAAAUGAUAACGAUAACAUGAGUGAUGAAGAUAGUGAUGCUAACUCAAAUGACGGAACAGUCAGUGAUGAAUAUGAAUACUUACCAAACUUUUGUUCAACAACACCUUAUUCUACUACUGAUACUGAUGCAUUAACACAAGAAUUUCUUAUUCAAGAUUCAUUUCGUAGUUUAUUAGACCACAAUGAAGUAUUUCGAAUUCCUUGUUUUGCUCACACGAUACAAUUGGUUGUAAGUGAUGGAUUAAAAGAAACAAAAUCAGUUUUAUCUUCAUUAGAAAAAGUGUCGGCAAUUGCAAAACUGUCACAUACAAGCACAAAAUUUGCAGAAAAAUUGGACGCGAUGAAUUUAUCAAUACCCCGUGCUGUUAUUACACGUUGGAAUUCACAAUUUUUAACUGUGGAACGUAUUUUAGCUAUACCUUAUAUUGAAUUAAAUGAAAUUCUAAUCGAAUUGAAACAUGCGAAUUUAUGUUUAAAUACACGUGAUCUAGUUAUGCUAAAUGAAUUCGUUGCUUUGUUAUCACUACUUGCUGAAGUAACAAUAACUAGUCAACGAGAAAAUGCUCCAUCUAUUUCAUUAGUUGCUCCAAGUAUUUUGGCGAUUUAUUUCGAUUUAAAAAAUGAAAAAAAUAACAUACAACACACUACAGCACUUUGUGAUGCUUUAAUAUCUUCAUUGUUAUCACGAUUUGGAGGGCUUUUAGAGCAGCUGGAAAUUGAUAUUCGCGAAACAGGCAUCGAAUUUGAAAUUAAAAAACAGUUUUAUGAUCUGUACAGAGAUCCUGUUUUUCUUUUUACGCCAUUUCUUGAUGGCAUGUUCAAACUUAAUUGGAUUACUCAAUCUUAUCUUCCUGAUUCAGUCAAAGAAAGAAUAUGUGAAAAAAUCAAAAAACUUAUUUUUGACCAGGCUGUCAUUAUUGAACGUGCUAAUCAAUCAUCCGUUCCAGAUGAUUUAGAACUGAUUCAAGAACAACUAGUUCAAAUUGUUCAAUCGUCAAGUACAAGUGUAUUAAAAAGAAAAGGUCUGUUCUCAAAUAUCCGCAAUGAUCAGAAAUAUCCAAAGAAAACCAAAUUAAAUGAUUCAAAUAUUUAUAUUAAAGAAGAAAUAUCACGUUAUCUUAAUGAUAUUAACAAUGAUAGCAUGGUGCUCGUGAGAACAACGUCGUCAAAUCCUUAUACUACAUUAACCAAAUUAGCUACAAAAUAUUUAUGCAUACCAGCAACAACAGCCGCUGUGGAACGAGUUUUUUCUCAAAGUGGUUUCCUUUUUCGUCCUCACCGUGCUCGAAUGACGCGAAAAACUCUUCAACAACUCACAUUAUUAAAAUGUAAUUGUGACAUUGAAUCAUGA